CAAAAAGGUACACAAAAUCAUCUCUCUCUCUCUCUUAAUCUCAAACCAUACCCUAAUUUUCCCCACCGAAAGGCUCACAAAAGCUUCCAUUUCUCUCUCUAGAAAACCCUUUCCAACAACAUUCUUCGCUUACUAGCUACGCAUAUACUCCUCCCUUUUCCCUCCUUAACCUAAACAGGGACAAUCGGUUUUCUCAUCAAAACGCCCUAAACAACCCUCUUUUUUGAUUCUCUGUUCGUCGUGAUUCAUUGGUUCCUUUCCAUUUUCUUCUCUCAUUUCGACGUUUUUCGGUUGUUUUCCUCCUGCUUUUUAUUGGGUUUGGACUUGAUUUCAUUUUUUCCCCUGUUUUCGUAUUUGGGUCGAUGGCGGAAUUUGAUCGAACUAAGUCUUCUUCCUUCUUCAAUCGCUCCGUUACGUUGCACUCCUCCUCCAUGGAUUCCAACAUGAAACCCUACCUUCGAGCCUCCCUCAAUCGGACGGAUUCUGUCAAGAAGUAUUACAGCCCUUUCGAAUCCAUGAAAUCUGCCUCCAAUUCGAUUAAAGGGAAGGUCAAGCAAUUGUGUAAUUUGUUUGAGGGCGGUAAGUCUUCUUCUUCGCCCACCGAGGGAUCGCAACAUCAAAUUCAAAGCAAGCUUAAACUCCCGAAAUCCUUCGCUUCCGAUUUCCGGGUUCCUUCCAUUCGAUUGCCGGGUACUGAGGAUAGAAUUGUGGUGUAUUUGACCAGUUUGCGAGGGAUUCGAAGGACAUAUGAGGAUUGCUAUGCCGUGAGGGUAAUAUUCCGAGGUUUUAGGGUUUGGGUAGACGAGCGUGAUGUAUCAAUGGAUUCUGCCUACAGGAAAGAGUUGCAGAGUGUUAUGGGCGAGAAAAAUGUCAGUUUGCCUCAAGUUUUCAUUAGGGGAAAGCAUGUGGGAGGAGCCGAGGUGAUCAAACAACUCUUUGAAGCUGGAGAAUUAAUCAAGAUUCUCAAGGGGUUCCCGGUUCAGGAACCCGGAUUUGUCUGUGAGGGUUGUGGAGAUGUAAGGUUUGUCCCUUGUAUGACUUGCAGUGGGAGCAGGAAGUUGUAUGAUGAAGAUGAAGAAGUCUUGAAGCGGUGCUUAGAUUGCAAUGAGAAUGGAUUAAUUCGAUGUCCAGAAUGUGCUUCCUGAAACAUUCUUAGAACAAUCGAACGAAGGAAGGACCGAGGCAACCGAUGUUCUUCGGUGUGUAUUUCAGAUGCAUUGUUGUUGAUAAAUAAACACUAAACCCUCACAUUAUUGAUUGUGCAUGUGGCUACAUAAGUUUGAAGUUUGGACUCUUUGGUUAAUGGUUUAUUGUUUAGCCAAGUGUUCAUCAGUUGGGUACUGGUGUUCAUGUACUUUAUGAACAGCAUUUUGAUAAUAGUGUAUGUUAUCAAUCUGCAAAGUUGAGUCAUGUUUUUUCCUUUUGGGUUUAUUUUUUCAUUUGACCUGUUACAGGGAGGCUAAUUCCCCUCUUAUGGGAAUGUAAAUAUCUAGUGCUAUUUGCCAACACCAAUUUGCAGAGGUUGCAAUUGAUGUAUUCUUACUAAAAAGGCUUUGUUUCAUACCCAUAUAUCUAUACCUACCUUAAAAUUCUA